AUGUUUUUCUUCGGCGCCAUUCAGGAAGGUCUGCGUGGGCCUACUGGUGCUCCCGCACACCUGGAAGAACAUAUCGAACAUGUUGCUACAUAUGGAGUUGACUGGCAGGACCUUGGUGAUGCCACUUUGCUUCGUCACCACAAUGAAAACAACCCACAUGAGCUAGAAGAUUUAGAUCACCGCCGCACACGACAGCCACCUCACCUUUCCCUGGUUGAAGUUCCUGCAUUCAAUUGCCCUUUUGAAUCUGAAGAACAGUUAGAAAUAUUCAACGAUGCGCUGUUGGCAAUGCCUGAAUAUCAUUCUCGGGAUAUGACUCAGCGAAAAUCGCUUUGGGUGCAGGCUUUAGACCUUUUGGAACUUCUUUUGCCUCAUUCACAGUAG